AUGUAUGUGAAAUGGUUUGAUACAGUAAUGUUAUACUAUGUGAUUUUAGUGAUUUUUGUGAAUGUCACUUUUUGUCAUUUCAAAUUUCCUGCCGUUCCGUCCCCCAUAUGUUACGACGCUCGCAGGGGACGGAACCCAGAUUACAGAUGCCGGCAUCCGCCGGAGGACAUUGCCAGGAACACUGCAGGAGGGACAUCGCGGGAGCACAGGACAAGGUAAGUGAUCGAGGAAUCGCGGAGCAGCGCCGCAUGGUAAGCUUGAGUGUAGCUCGGGGUUACCGCUUGUGCUACACUCGGGAAUACCGCCAGGGAGGCUACAGUA